AUGAGUUAUCAAAAAAUUGCAUUGUUUCUGCUAUACAUAGCCUUUCUCAGUCAACUUGUUUCCUCUUCAUCCUUACCUCAUUUGUGCCCUAAAGAUCAAGCCUUUGCUCUUCUUCAAUUCAAGUACAUGUUUACUAUAAAUGCUUCAAUUUCUUGUAAUCCUUCUUAUCAGUCGAAAGUACUUUCAUGGAACAAGAGCACAGAUUGUUGCUCAUGGGGUGGAGUUCACUGUGAGGAGACGACUGGACAAGUGAUUGAGCUUGACCUCUUUUGCAGCCAACUUCAAGGCAAGUUUGAUUCUAACAGUAGCCUCUUCCAACUCUCCAAUCUCAGACGGCUUGAUUUGUCUUAUAAUGAUUUUUCCGGGUCACUCAUUUCCCCUAAAUUUGGUGAGUUUUCUAGUUUGACAUAUCUUGAUUUGUCGAAUUCAGAUUUUUCUGGUCAAAUUCCUUCUGAAAUCUCUCAUCUUUCUAAAUUAUACGUUCUUUGUCUCGAGUUUAAUUAUGAUCUUAGAUUAGGACCUCACAAUUUGGAACUGCUCCUUAAGAACUUGACCCAAUUGGAAGUGCUUGAAAUUAACGAUGUGAAUAUCUCUUCCACCAUUCCUCUAAAUUUCUCUUCUUUUUUAACAAUUCUACAUCUUUAUAACACGCAGUUAUUUGGUAUAUUGCCCGAAAGAGUUUUCCACCUUUCUGACUUGAAAUAUCUUUUUUUAUCAUUCAAUCCCCUGCUCACUGUUGGGUUUCCCACAACUAAAUGGAAUAGCAGUGCAUCUCUCAUGGAGUUACAUCUUAGUGGUGUGAAUUUUACGGGUAGGAUACCUAAAUCAUUUAGCUAUCUAACUUCACUGCGAACAUUGGACAUGAGUUCUUCCAAUCUCACAGGGCUCUUUCCUAAACCUAUAUGGAAUCUCACCAGCAUAGAAUGGUUAUAUCUUGGGAGAAACAAAUUGAAUGGCCAAAUUGAGUGCUUAUCUUGUAAUCAAAGCUGGACACAACUUGGUACACUAGAUUUUUCAUCCAAUUCCCUAACUGGUCUAAUACCUUCUUGUAUAUUCUCCCUUCCUUCACUAUAUAGGUUAGACUUGAGCAAUAACAGUUUCACUGGCAAAAUUCAAAAUUUCAAGUCCGAAAGAUUGGUAGCAGUUAUUUUAAGACAAAAUCAGCUGCAAGGUCCUAUUCCAAAGUCACUCCUAAACCAGAAGAUCCUAUGUUAUCUUGUCCUUUCUAAAAAUAACCUCAAUGGACAGAUUGCUUCAGCUAUCUGCAAUCAGAAAACAAUGGAAGUGCUAGAUUUGGGAAGUAAUAAUUUGGACGGAUCAAUCCCACAAUGUUUGGGUGAUAUGAGAGGGCUUGCGGUUUUGGAUUUAAGCAACAAUAGUCUUAGUGGGACAAUUAAUACAACUUUUAGUGUUGAAAACCAACUCGAAGUCAUUAAAUUGGAGGGGAAUAAGCUAGAGGGGAAAGUUCCACCAUCUUUGAUCAAUUGCAAAGAUUUGAAACUCCUUGAUUUAGGUAACAAUGAGUUGAAUGACACAUUUCCAAAAUGGUUGGGAGCCCUACCUCAUUUGCAGAUUCUAAGCUUGAGAUCAAAUAGGUUGCAUGGCUUCAUUCAAGCUUCAAGGAAUGAAAAAUUAUUUGCUCAACUUCGAGUCAUAGAUCUCUCUUCCAAUGGAUUUAGCGGAAAUUUACCCGCGAACCUUUUUGUGAAUUUUGAAGCUAUGAAAUUAAUUGAUGAGAAAAACGGAACCCCAAGAUAUGUAGCAGAUGGAAAUAUUUACUAUGAGUGUUCUUUGAUGAUUACAACAAAGGGAUCGUAUCUUGAAUUUGUUCGAGUUUCGACCUCAAACAUAGUUAUCGAUCUCUCAAAGAAUAGAUUUGAAGGUCAUAUUCCAAGCAUUUUUGGAGAUCUCAUUGGGCUUCGUACGUUGAACUUAUCUUAUAAUGGCUUGGAAAGGGUUAUACCAACAUCACUGCAAUAUUUAUCUGUACUUGAAUCGUUGGAUCUCUCAUUCAACAAAAUUGGAGGAGAAAUUCCCCAACAGCUUGCGUCUCUCACAUCACUUGCAGUGUUAAAUCUCUCUCACAAUCAUCUUGUUGGAUGCAUCCCUAAAGGAAAUCAAUUUGAUACAUUUGAGAACAGUUCAUACCAAGGAAAUGAUGGGUUACAUGGAUUUCCACUUUCAAAAGCUUGUGGCAGUGAUGAUGGGGUACCACAAGGGACAACUCUAUUUGAGCUAGAUGAAGAAGAAGAAGGAGAUUCAGCAAUGAUCAGUUGGCAGGCGGUUCUCAUGGGUUACGGUUGUGGUCUAAUUGUUGGACUAUCUAUAAUAUACAUAAUGUUGUCAACUCAAAAUCCAGCAUGGUUUUCGAGGAUGGUUGAAGAAUUGGAACACAGAAUUAUUACGAGAAUGAAAAGACAGAAGAAAAGAAAUUAGUGUGUAACCUCCAGGAUUCAAGUCUAAUAUGUUGCUGGUGUUGCAAAUAUAAUCCUUUAUCUUCAUAGUUUGUGAUUUUUCUGAAGUGUUUGUUACCCUAUGAAUAAAGACAUUUGUUUUCUUCCUUUGAGACUCAGCCAAAUUUAUUUUCAUUUAUUUAAAGUGUUAGAUUAUUAGCAGAAUUCAUGGCCCCAACUUGUGCAAUUCAUCCUCAUUACAA